AGCCAAGUCUUUCCUCUCCCACAGUCUUUCAAGAUAGUUCACAAUUACUGACUUUUAUCAGGCUACUUGGCAAGAAUGCAGGAAUGAUUUGUCUCUUGCAAACACCCCUCUCCUCUCGCUCCUCUUUUAUUCCUAUGGGAGGAGCCCUUCAUCGUCCACCUGUCUCCUUACUCCCAAGUCGACCCUUGUUCCUCAGCUGUUCCCUUCGUCUGGCAACUCUGCGCAUGCGCACACUUGGAACAGGGUCCAACUGUUCGUCUGCCUCACUGAUGUCUGACUCCGAAGGCAGCUGACAACUGUCAAGACAGCCCUGACCCCAUCUCUGCUUCCAACACAGACUCAUCAGAGUCUUCCCCAGACUCCAGGACUGGCCCAUGUUCCUUCCCAACCUCCUAACUCUCUGAAUCUGCUGCCAGCUCCACUGGUCACUGGCAGGCCACAACAGGUGUGACUAUCUUAAAGCCUUUGACGAUACACCGAUAUCCCACCUGGGAACUACCUACAAUUCUCCAGUCUCUUAUCUGUGGUGACCAAGGCUCAAAUAGUGAUUACCAAACACAAUUCGGUCCUGAACAAACUUGUUUUAUUAAAACAGCUGAGAAUGAAUUAAUUCUCAGCUGUUUUAGUCCAAAACUCUGGUGGCUCAACGGACUAAGUCUGUCUGUUAUUAACACAGCUGCUUGCAAUUACUGCAGGUUCAAGUCCCACCAGGCCCAAGGUUGACUCAGCCUUCCAUCCUUUAUAAGGUAGGUAAAAUGAGGACCCAGAUUGUUGGGGGCAAUUAAGUUGACUUUGUAUAUAAUAUACAAAUGGAUGAAGACUAUUGCUUAACACAUUGUAAGCCGCCCUGAGUCUUCGGAGAAGGGCGGGAUAUAAAUUCAACAACAACAACAACAACAACAAACAAAUUCUUCCCAAACAGUCCUUCAGCCUUAUCACCAACCUUUGUUGUCGUUGGCAACCUGCCAAAGGCUUUUCCUGGCAAAGCCCCCACAAAGUUCAAGAGACGCUGAAAAGAAACAAGGGGAUUCAACUUUGCUUUUCCACAAAGAACCCAACGGCUCGUUGCUUCUCUUUUAAGUCUUCUGAGAGGGGCCAAUCAUCUCCUGGCCUUACUCCCGAGUCGUCCUUUUUGCUUCAACUGCUCUUGCCUUCUGGCAGCUCUUCGCAUGCACGCACUAGGAACAGGCUCCUCUUGUUCCCCUGCCUCUCUGCUGUCCGUCUCUGGAGGCUACAGAGUCUGCGCAUCGCUCCCAGAGGGCCCUGGCCCCACCUCUGCCUCCGACACAGAGCCCUCUUCAGGGCCUUCCCCUGACUCCAGGACUGACCCAUCGUCCUCCCCAGCCUCCUCACUGUCCGAUUCCGCUGCCAGCUCCGCAGGCUGCUGGCGGACCACAACACUGCCUUCUACACCCUUCGAACCUUUGCACUCCUCCAGCCUUCGUUUCCUCACCUGCAAGGUCUCCUUUCUCGUGGCUAUCACCUCGCCGAGGCGGCAUCUCCGAGUUAGCAGCCCUCUCAGUAAGGAGGAUCUAUGGUUUUUUCCCCCCAUCCCAACAAGAGUUAUUCUGCGUUUGGACUCUUCGUUUCCUACCCACAGUCAAGUCCUUAUUUUACAGGGCGCAAGAACUGAUUUUACUAGACUUCUGCCCUAGUCCGACUUAUGCGCCUGAGAGGAAAUGGCACACCCGGGGCUCUCUGCAUCUAUAUCAAGAGGACAACUUCCUUUCGGAGAGCGGAGUCCUAGUUCGUGUCGUUUCAACCCUCCACGUUGGGUAAUAGAGUCACAGCACCAACCAUAGGCCAGCGGAUACGGGCAAGCAUCGCCAAAUCAUACGAACUUCAGCCUCCUCCGUUGCCUUGGCGAGUGACAGCUCACUCCACUUGAAACGCGGCCACUACAGCAGCGUGGACCACCAUCCCCGUUUGUACGGCAUUAUAAGCUGGAUGCCUUCGCUUCCGCCGAAGCGGCCUUCGGCAGACGAGUUCUCCAGAAGGUGUCCGCAGACUCGGGGACUCUGGCCCAGGCUCCUGCCCAGCCUUACGACGUGCCCGGCUUUGGUAUGUCCCAGUGGCAGCCUGCAGCAGAGUUUCCAAAGAGACUACAGAUCCAUGCCUACUCAUGGUAUCGGCCGGUAUAGACAUCUUCUCCCACCGGAGGCCCCUCCAAAAAGGAAGAAUCACGUGGAGAUGAAGGAGAUCGACCCUGGCACAGAGCACCAGUAUGGCACCUUAAACAUCGUGAUGACGGGCUAUGACGUCUGUCUGGUCGAGCACUACGCUCAGUAUGUCCAUCGGCUCUGCAACAAGCUGUCCGUCAACGUGGUCGAAAGCUAUGCUAUGCCCACUAAGACCACAGAGCUGGUGUUGACCGGGGAACACGGCAGCAAAGUGCGCCUGGACGGCCACCUUACAAGCCACCAGCGUGUCGUUCAGAUUAAACAACUGACGGCCACCUUUAGUCCUAUUUUCUUGGAAAUUAUUCAGAAUAACCUGCCCGAAGGAGUCCAUCUAUUAGUGAAAGAGCACACGGAGGAAGAUUUCAGAAUUCGGUUGAAGGUCCGGCCAGAACUGGAUGAACUUCGGGCCAGACUGCAGUGAGACGGGGCCGGUGGUCGAUUACGCUUUUCAUCCCUUCUGAGACAUCCUUCCGGGGUUCCUCAGCCAGCACAGGUGGACUUCCAACUCCCCAAAUUCUCCAGCCAGUCGACGUGGGUGGACUUCCAACUCAAAGAAUUCCCCAUAACUACAAAAACUUGAGGGCCAGGCUGGGGAGCAUAAAAAGAGCGCAAACAAGCUUGGUUCUGUCCCAUAACUGUCCCAUCCUACAACCACAACCUGGCCGCUUGCACCUCCCGAAAGAUGCUUUUUAAAUGCGAUUCUUUAAAAAAAUAAAAAGCAUGGAAAAUCCAA